CGAAAUCGACCCCAAUUUUUAUUACAUUUUCUGAUACAUAUUGAUGUCCUUAUGCUGUGUAGAAAGUUUGAACCGAUUCUGAGCUCAAGUUUUUGAGCUAUGGCCAUUUUAAUAAUAACCCUUUUCUUUCAGGAAGAAGUUCCUUUAUACAGAUCACUAGAGAAGACAAUUGAAAUAAUGACGGAAUGUUCUCAGACCCAGUACGAUAUACAAAAGACAAUCAGCGAUACGUCUCCCAUUUAUGGGCGUGGCUUCAGAGACCUACACACCCACUUGGAGCUCCUGAGAGAUGAAUAUACUAACAAGAGAAAGAAAUGGAUUGACAUCUUAAACACUAAUGGACGUUCUUGGAGAGAUUUAGGUCUCCCUGUAUCUACUGAAGCAUUGGCAGGGGGCGGGGCCUAUCUCUCAUUGAUAAUAUCCAAAUAUGUACAGCUGGUAAUGGAGGAGAGUGGGAAAGUGGAAGGACUAAUGAUGACUCUUAAAACUAACAGGAUUUCAAAACUAAAGGAGAGGUUCAAAGAGGCUCUUAAACUAUUAUUGGAAUGCUCCUCCUCUUCCCUCCCUCCUCAGUGUCCCCAGUGUACUGAACACUGCACUCACUGUAUGAGAGGGUUACUGAAGCAGUCUGUCACUAUUAGUACCAGUUAUACAUUAAUAUCAUUAAAGGAGUAUAAUGGAUAUAUACACUCAGCCAGCAGACAGAUUGUCUGUGAGCAUUUUGAAGGUAUUCUUAAAAUAACGUCAAUUUUAAAGUCCCUCGUUAAAAGGUCUAAUUCAACUCGUCACAGUAGAUCAUCAG